UGAUAGAUGGUUAAAUUGAAUUCUAUAAAUAACUUCGGAAUAGUAAUUUGAUUGUCAAAGUGUGUUUUUAUUUGGAGAAUGAUAAAAGAGUGGCAGAAAAACCUUCUGAAAUAAUUUAAAAUCAGCAACUCAAACAAGAUCUACAGUACCUACAGAAAUUGAUUUACGAAAAAUCCCUAAAAUAAACACUGUGAAAAAAUGGUGGAAAGCUAGUGUAUUUUGUAGGUUCAUGAAUUUGUGAUUAUUAAUACUUGUGUUUUCGUAUAGACUAAGUUAAUAGUAUCGAACAUUUCAAGAUUUUCUUAUCAAUAAUGUAAGUGUAUCCAGGACUCGGUUUUCUUAUGUUCUCAUGAUUAUCCGGCUUUACCUAACCAAAUAUCUUCAUAAUGGAUAAUUUGCGGGGUAUUCUUGAAUAUAUUAGAAACUUUUUUGGUCAUCCUUCCGUGGAACUCCAACGAAAGAGAAGAGCUCCAGAUCCCUUAGAUCAUUUUUUAAGCCCAAAGUGUAGAAGAGUGCAUAUCUCAAUGGCUGAUAGGAUAGAUAAUGAUUGGUUAACAAGUAGGAAUUCUAUUCGAAGACGUACCUUAUUGAAACCAUCACCAAGAUUAUCCCCAAAACAGAAUCGUCACACUGACACUGUAGUUUUAGAUGAUGAUGACGAUGACGUAAUUGAAAUUAAAAAACCAGAUAUAGAUAUAUUUCAAGGCAGAUCUAAACACAAUAAAUAUACAUCCACUCCUGAAAAUUACUCUCAAAAAUGUACAAAUGGAAUUGAUGAUGAUGAUAUUACAUUCGUUAAAGAAAUAAAAUCUCCCAAAGAAAAAAUGAAUGAGGCAUCCAAAAGGGGAUUAAAUUAUAUAAAACCUUUCACAGGACGUUAUUUAAAUAUAGGUUCGAUACAAAACGAAAAAUCGAAGGAAAGAACACUUUUCAAUAAUAUAAAUAAAAGAUCCAGUCCCUCACGUCCUUUUGUAGGAUCUUCUAGUUUAGAUUAUUCUUAUAGAUUGGAUGACAAGCUACAAUAUAAAAAACUCUUGGAGAGCGCCGGAGUCUCUGGAACUACAAAUGAUUCUUCCAUUUACCAGACCCCUGUUGGCCGACUGUUUAAUUAUGAUACUUCCAACAGAAGUGGCAAAAUAAUGAACAUGUUAAAAAAACCAUCCACUGGAUUGAGUAAUAGUUUAAAUGGUACGAAAGAUCGUAUGUCCACAAAGGACAGAAUAAUUAAAGUUUUAGAUGAUUUUGAAUCCAUAGAGGUGAAAGAUUCAGACACUGAUUCGGAUGUAAUCAUUGUAAAUCCACCAUCUCCUAAGCCUGACAUUAAAGUGGAACCUGUGAAUAGUUUUAAAAAGGUAGUUGAUACUUCACAGCAAACCAAGAGUGGAUGGUUGGAUGAACUAGUGGAACGACACAGACUUUUUGUAGAACAGAGGCAGAAGGAAAUCGAUCAACUACGAGAAUGUUCAGAAAAGCAUGGGAAAAUAAAUAAUGAUUUGAGAUGGGAAAUAUUGACAGAUAAAGUGAAUAGGUCCCUGUCUAUAAGAGAUGCUGUCUUACCAGUAGAAGAAAAAGAGGAAGAAGUAGAACUUCCACUACUAACAGAAGCACAAUUAAAAUUAGUGGAGCACGCCUACAGAGGAGAUCCCAACGAAAUCCUUGCUAGAAAGUUUAACCUAAAUGUAUCACGUAGAGAUUUACAAACUUUAGCGGGUCUAAAUUGGUUGAAUGACGAAGUGAUAAAUUUCUAUAUGAACUUAAUUAUCGAGAGAGGGAAAGACUCAAAGUGGCCUAAAUCAUAUGCUUUUAACACAUUUUUCUAUACAAAAUUAUUGAAGGAUGGACCUCAGUCUUUAAGGAGGUGGACAAAGAGAGUGGAUAUAUUUGAGCAUGAUAUUAUUUGUGUGCCGAUACAUCUCGGAAUGCAUUGGUGUAUGGCUAUAAUAAAUUUAAAAGACCGUUCGAUACGGUAUUAUGACAGCAUGGGCAGUAGUAACAAUAAAUGUUUAGAGGCCCUUCGGAGAUAUCUAGAAGCAGAACAUCUGGACAAGAAGAAGACUGGAUUAGAUACAAGUGAUUUUAUUUUAGAGAACAUAAAAGAUAUUCCACAACAAAUGAACGGGAGUGACUGUGGAAUGUUUGCUUGUACUUUUGCAGAGUUCCUCACCAGGAGCGCCAAGAUUACGUUUAGUCAAGAACAUAUGCCAUACUUAAGGAAAAAAAUGGUUGUUGAAAUUAUAUCAGGAGAGCUCUUAAUAAAAUGACUUGUUUUAACUCAGUUGUGGUAAUUUUAUUUUUGUAAUUAUCCAAGUAUUUUAUUAAAUUUAUCUUUUGUAACUGCUUUGAAUAAUCAACUCGAAAUUGGUACAUUUUAGGAUACGUCGGUUGGUUGAACUGAGUGAAUAAUUUAUUCGAUUCUGUUUGUAUUUUAUGCCCUACAUUAGUUCUCUUAGAUAUAUUUAGUGCAACCAAGAUGUUAGUGUAUAAGCAACAAUGUUAAUUUAAGGAAUUAGAUAUCUAACUGUAUGUGUUGGAGGUAUGUCAAUACAAUCAAAUAUCGUAACGUAACAUUUCACUUCUUCAGGAUUACUGAAAUGUUGAAUCUUAGCAGUAUUCAUAAAUAUGUCCUCAUGCCGUUGAUACUUUAUUAUUAAUAAACAGUUCUGAUUUUUAUA